UCUAGGCAUUUUCUAUCAACCAAAGCUUUAUUUUUUAAUUUAUGUGCCGCUCAAAGUCUCUUGUUAGCUUUGAUCAGCUUCAGAUCCAAGUUAUGUUUUUUUCAUAGUAGAAGCAAGCGUGUCACUGAUAUUAACAAAAAAAGAGCUACUACAAUGAGUUUGUUUGGAAUUGUGAAUGAUGCAACCGUUACAAAUUCUCGGUGUGGCUGUUCUGAGACCUCAGGAUCAAGGUCUAAAUGUGGAUGUUCAUCUAACAACAGUUCCACUCAUCUUUGCAUCAAGUGUGACUUCAACUGUGAUUCUUCACUCACUCUUGAAAGUGAAGACUCUGAGUGGAUCUCAGAUUCAAAGCCUAAUGGAUGUUUACCUGAGAACCCUUCAACUCCUCUUAGCACCAAUGGAAUACAUUGUGACAUAUCAGAAGAUAAUAUUUCACUGGAGCAUCUAUUAGAAAUUGAAAACAUGGAAGAGUUCAAUGCUGAUGGACCAAUUUUUUGGCCAUUUGAAGGUAAAUUCAACUGGAAUUGUGAGGAAUCCUGGAACCCUUUUUGUAUCUCACCUAGGAGAAGGGUUGUGUUUGGUUCUAGAUCAAUAACAUCAAGGAAAAAGAAAUGUAAACAUAAAGACCAUGGAAGUUUAUGCAGUGUAACUUCUGAACCUUCAAGGAUAACUAUGUCAUCUAAAGGUUCAGCAGAGAUAGGAACUUCAGAAUUCAAUGAUGAGAAAGUAGUAUUGAAAGGCAGAGAAGUUGGCAACAAAUUGUUAUUUGUUGAUAAGACUGUUCUUAAUGCGGAUCAUGAGUCAAACUAUGACCUUCCAUUGGCUAGAGAAGAUUUUUCUUUGGAUCAAGAGCAUGAGAUUCCAAUUGAGACAUUGGUGGGACUGAAGGAAUUUGAUGGACAUGAAGGGCUUGAUUCAGAAUUUAAUGGUCAUGUUUUCAUGCUGGAGGAAUCUCUCUUGAUAUAACUCAUGCACGUGAUUGUAAUUUCUCCAAACAGGUUGAAAAGCAAGAUUGACACUGAAUGAUAAACAUCCUAACAAUAGGAUUGACAUGUCUUCUUUACAAGAGCAUGCCAUUUUUAUGGUGAAGUCUAAGGUAUAUUUCCUCAAAAUCCAAUUAAAGAAGCAUAUACCUUGUCUACGUUAGUGCAUCGUCACUAGAGAAAAAAAAAAUGGUGACGUUUUCUAUUCCAGCAGAAAAGUUAAGAUGGUUUAGGUUGGUAUACUUUUGGGAAGUGCUGCUGCACUUGCACUGUGCACUCUUCCAUAUUCAGUUAGCCAAUUAAUUGGCAAUGGAAAUGGAUUUGCAUUAACGCUGA